UCCAUCCUUCCUUUCUGCAAAAGUAGCACAGCAAAGAAUUUCUAUCUCUAUUGUCGUUAUUAAAUGUUGCUGUUAUUAUUCACUUCUGUCCCAAUGGAUAUCAACGAUGAUUUGGUGUUUGACUUUGAUGUGUCAAUAGAAGAGCUUUCACAAGUAGCCGGAAUGGACCCUCCUCAAUCACGGGUGUCACAGUUGGGGCCUUGGACUUGCUCUGUGACUUUGGAAGAUGGAUUAUCUGAACUUUGUCUCGUGGUCUCUAUCCGAUUUCAACCUCUAGGCAUGAUGAUGGUAGAUGACGAUCUGCAACAACAAGACCAAGUACAACAGUCGCAACAUCAACCAUUAGAAGAAUGGGAAAAGGACAAUAUGCGUUAUUCUCGGCUACAGAUCUAUUCACUGGCCGGAAUGGAUGAUACUCAAUCGCUUAUUUUAGAGUCGCCUAUACAGCAGUCUGAAACGCUUACUUUUCAAGGUAUGCAAGGAGACAAUCUCAUUCGUCAACAAUUGGUAGCUACAAUUGAACCAGACUUUGUCCGACACCAUGGCCGUUUUGUAUUUCGGGUACUUCUCAGCUGUGGCUACAGUAAUGUCAACGGCAGCAACAGCAACAACUUCAAUGAUGGUGAUGCCGCACUCAACCCUGAAUAUCACAUACGAAAAUUUAAAACCUUUCCCCAUCCCCCUCCUUCCUCCUUAUUUUCGAGAAAUAACUACUUUUCAAUGGAAUCGCAGCUCCAUCUGAAGGGGAUACUAGAGCGACCUGUGAAUUCAGAUAUCCAACUUUCGUUCCCUCAUAACUCUUAUCCAUUCUAUCAGAGAUCAUCAACGUCAAUAGCCCUGAACAAUGGUAACGCUACCCAAGAGCCUAAUGCUACAAGAAGGACAUGGAGCAAUCAAGGAGAAAGUGGCCAGCAAAAAGAAGAGCAUCUCGUAUUACGUGCUCAUUCAUGUGUUCUCAAAACAGUAAAGUCAUCAUCGAUAAAUCGAUUAUUGAGUACUUGCCCCCCUUGCGAGCAACAACAACAGGCUGAGCGACAGCAACCUCGCAGUAUCACCUCUACAACCACUAUUCCCCAUCAUAACCCCCCGUUGUUGCCGUCCAUUUCGAGCAACACUGACGACAUCACCAACAUUGGUGCUAAUAGUGGUCAUCACAAUGAGACAUCUGCAAUGAGAGCCCCUCUUUUAGAGCCCAUUCGCGAGAUCAGAUUCGAAGAUUCACCACCAGGAGCGGUGGAGGCUGUGCUGCGCUACAUUUAUCUAAGGCAAUGGCCAGUGCUGGAGCCACUAUGUGGGUAUACCGUCAAGGACCUGAUGGCCCUUGCAACAUAUCUACAACUUGAGAGUCUUCAGGAGCUCUGUAUUGAUUUGGUGUUGGGUAGGAUCAAAUGUAACGAUCACCAUGAUGGCCAUAUUGUCUAUAACAACAAUAGAAGAGCCCUUGUGAAUGACAAUAGCGUAAGCUAUAUCGGCAGACAAGCCAACAGCAGACGGUUUUGUUCCAGGAGGUUUCUAUCGUGCUGGUCCUCCCCUUUCUCUUCCUCGCCUUUAACUUCCUCUUUCUCCUCCUCCUCCUCCUUGUCGCUUCGGCGACCGAUUGGCUCUCGGCUUCGGCUCAAUUGUAACUAUGACAGUAACAACAAUGUCUGGAUAGCUGCUCAAGAUUGCUCAACACAGCAACAGACUCGUCCAAGGUAUCAUCCAUACGAACGGAGUAUGAAUGAAGGAUGCUUAAGAGCGUCCAAAGAGCUACACCAUGACCCCAAUCAUACUAGGUUACCCUGUCAAACUUUGCAAACAGUGACUAGACAUAAUGGGCCCAGAUCCGCAACGGUACCGAGGCUUUCACGAUAUCAACUGUAUCAGACCAAUGCUGCACAAUGUACAGCCAGCCUCGAGAAUCUGUUGCAAGUGCUCUUUAGUUGGGGUUACAAAUUUCCAAAAAUGCGUACAGAACUUGUUCGGGCCUUGGCUCAUACUCAUGGAAGACAGCUCUUUUUGGAGCAAGCAGGCGGAGAAGUCCACAAUAAUGACAAUUAUAGUGAGGCAGCCUGCAGCACCCACCACCAGUGGACAACAGCAAUUGCAACAACGAGCUCGUCCUCAACUUCGGUCUUGACUCCAACCUCAGCAACAGUUUUCAGAAGAAAUGGGGGGCUAGAGAGGUUUCGGGAACAUGAAGCUUAUAGAGAGAUAAUACAUGAAUUGGUAAUUGAGCAUUUAAUGGUCACAGCUUUCCACUCUGAAUAA